AGAUGCAAAGUGCUCGUGUUUCUACCCGGAAUGAGAUCCAGGAUGUAUGCAAGUUGCUAACUUCCAGUUAGCAGUUUGGUUGGAUGGUCCGAGGGUGAGAAGCUUUCGAUAUUUACAGGUCACAUCUACUGAGCUAACGUCGCUUGUCAAGCCUCUUUUACCAAGGAAAGAUGCCGAAAAAGAAGACCGGUGCCCGUAAGAAGGCUGAGAGUCGCAAGGAACGAGAGAAACAGAGUCGGGCCAACAGAGAUCACGUUGAUGUAGCGAAGCAUCCGUGCAAUACAACCAUGGAUUGUGACAAAUGCCAAAGGAAACAGAAAAAUAGAGCUUUCUGCUACUUUUGUGCCUCGGUCCAGAAGCUGCCCAUGUGUGCUCAGUGUGGCAAAACAAAAUGCAUGAAGUCCUCGGACUGUGUCAUCAAACACCCUGGCAUCCACAGCACGGGGAUGGGCAUGGUGGGGGCAGUGUGUGAUUUUUGUGAGGCCUGGGUGUGCCACGGGAGGAAGUGUCUGAGCACUCAUGCCUGCACGUGCCCUCUCUCUGAUGCUGACUGCAUUGAGUGUGACCGCAGCGUAUGGGAGCAUGGGGGACGCAUCUUCCGCUGCUCCUUCUGUGAUAACUUCCUGUGCGAAGAUGACCAGUUUGAACACCAGGCCAGCUGCCAGGUCCUGGAGGCAGAGACCUAUAAAUGCAUUUCCUGUAACCGUCUUGGGCAGCACUCUUGUUUGCGAUGCAAGGCAUGUUACUGUGAUGACCACGCACGUAGCAAAGUUUUCAAGCAAGAGAAAGGCAAGGCGCCUCCCUGCCCAAAGUGUGGACAUGAAACACAGGAGACCAAGGAUCUCAGCAUGUCAACGCGUACGCUGAAGUUCGGUCGGCAGGGCGGUGGAGACGAGGAAAGCUACUACAAUUUUGCGACGUCUGGUUAUGCAUCAGGUUAUGGAGGAGGGAACCAGGAUGAUGAUGAGGAAGAUGAUUACUACAGAGAGGAUGAAGACUAUGACGAUGAUGAAGAGGAGGAAGAGGAUGAGGAGGAGGAGGAUGAAGAGGAUGUGGGUGAAAAUGUGGUGACUGAGGCAGUGUCCAACCUUUCUGUAGGCGCCACCUGAGUGCAGGGGAAGUACUAGCUUUCUUUUCAAUCAGGUUUCUCUCAAGGGUGAGGCCCAGAGUAUGUGUUUGUGUGUGUAUUUUGGGUUAAUUGCACCCAUGGGUCUUACCGUUUGUAUACUGGUAGUUCUGACAGUGUCACUGUUUAUAAUUAAUUACCCAAUGCACCUUCAGAAGGAAAUAAACAAAGAAUGGAUGUA